AUGACUUGUUUGUCAGUUGUUAACAGAAUUUAUUUUUGUACCUUUCCUCUAGAGCGGUUAUUGAAAGAUAUAUAUUUACUGCCGUGGUCAGACAGUCCAGAAUUGGAGGACAUAAUUAAUAUUACAGAUCCAACCAUUUCUUCAUUUGAAAAUUCUGCUGAUGAAACUUUUCCCGGAGGAACAGCAUCCCCUGAAUAUUCCCCAGUAAAUUUGCUUCAUUCGCCAGAGACAUCUACUAGUGACAUAUCAGAUGGUGGUUAUGUUUCUAAUAAUGGUACAACACAUCAAAUCAGUAAUACACCUUCAGCUUCGAGUAUUAAACAUGGACCUCGGGAAUCCGAACUGGUGAAAUUACUGCAAGCAAAGCCUGCAAUUUAUCGUCCACCUGCCAUCCAACCUCUGUUACCCGAACAAACACAGGCAGUUGUUUCACCACCCACAACACAAACAUUCCAAAUACAACCUGUAUUACCCGUUCAAACACAGAAGCUAGUUAUUUCACCACCCCAACCAUCAACUGUACAGAUUUGCUCAAUAUAUCCAAGGCCGAUAGAAGAACGCCGACAUCCUCAGACUCUUUUGACGUUACCUGGGUAACUAUAAUUUUCCUUCAAUAAUUAUGGGAAUGUUUUAAAAAUAUGUGUUAUAUAUUUUGCAGCGAAAAUGAGAACAUUCUAGAAAAUGGAUUGUUUCCCAGUUAUUAUUCUAUACUUUAUAACUGAUCUACAUGAUAUCAUUGAUGUUUUACGACUGAGAAUUUUCCUCUCGGAGUAUGUAAUAGCAACUCGUAAAAUGUCAAGAGUUUCACCAGCAACUGAGAGUGCCAAGCGUACACAAGUACUGCGUUUCCAGCUAUACAGUUGUGUAAAACAUUCAUAAUUUAAGUCGAAAAAACAAUGAAACCUUAACUGACCGGUUAAACCGCUGGUGCAGGCACAUGCGGUUAGCGCGUUGCUUCUCACUACUGAAAAAGUUAAGCACAUGCAGUUAGGACUUGCGUUUCAUGUGAGUUGAGUUCUCGUAGUUGAGCUCCAAUGCUUCGAGGUUUUUUCUCAGGGUAUAUCAACACGCUUAAUUACAGGUUAAAAUAUAUGCAUGUAAGUACUGUAAUGUAUGUAUACCGGUAAUUGUUAAACAUAUCGGGUUAACGCUCAGAGCAUAAGACUGAAUAUAGAGGGUAAACAAGGAUACUAUAUCAAAAAUUGUAUUAGUAAAUAUUUCUAUAAAUGUUUUGUUGUUUAGCAUUCCAACAACACAAGUUCUAUCACCAUCUGUAUCCCAGCAAAUGACAGUGGCACACCCGCAGGCACAGGUAAUUUAGUACUGUAGUUUGGGAUAGAUUUGAUAUUACACUGCAUGCAACCAUAUAUACUGUAUGUCUUCGUCCAUGUUAGUGGUUGCAUGGUGUGAGAAUUUGGGUUGUGAACAUAUUCUAAAUCUCUAAUUCUUGCUGCAAUUUCAGUUCUCCAACGUUUACCCUUUGGCUUGACGAUAAUUUGUGAUUUUCGCCUUGAGAGAACUAAAACUAUAUAUGGGAAUACACUGAGAUUAUGAAACCCUAAAUUGUUUCAACGUCUCCUUAACUACUUUGCCUGUAUCUAUAUAUGUGUCUAGUAUUUUCUACAUUUAUUUUUACAAUUAUAAGGAUUAAGUUUUUCAUGAUUGAGAUGACUGUAGAGUCUACAGACACACUAUACCUUACCUUACCUUACCUUACCUUACCUUACCUUACCUUACCUUACCUUAGAGCUGUGCAAACUCCAGUUAUUUUAGCUCCGGGUCCGGCUCCUACUCCGGCUCCUACUCCAGCUCCGGCAAGGAAAUUUUAAGGAAAUUUCAUAUUUAAAAGUAUAGACUGAAGGAGGCGAAAGUAUUUCAGUGUAAUUUCAGAAUUUAUUUUAUUCCUUUUUUGACCUUUCUCCUUCACUUAUCAAAUAUACGUGCUUCAGUGCUUGUUUAAACAAUGUUUUGUAGAAAGUAAAACCGCAUGGCAGCGUGGUAUUUUCGCCCAAAAUACAUCGGGGUCAGCGGAAUUUUGUAUCAAAAGCGAUAGCAAUACGCUUGCAGAAUUUUCGAAGCCACGAAUCGGAGCCAGUUAAAUUAAACUUUAUAGUAACUUCAAAUCAUUCAACUUAAUUUUUCCAUCACCAAAAGUUAAUUGAAAUAUGAAAUAAUGUUUAAUAAUUUUGUCUGCCGGAGUUUUCCAACUCCGGCUCCGGCAAAAUAUGCCGGAGCUCCGGGUACUCCGGCUCCUGCUCACAUCUUACCUUUGAAGGCGGGCUUCGUUGCGCAGUCAAAGCAUGGCUGACAGACCGCUAAAAACAUGAUAAAAAGGCUUUGAUUUUGAUGGCAUUGACGAUUGCAACCUGAAUACCGAGGGCAUGAAAAAUGUGGUAACAUAAAAAAAUGCUCUUUUCACACGGCGACACGCAGUCACAAAGUUUACUUGCCGAAGAAGGCUCAGCCAAUUAGAAGGCUCCAUUUUAGUUACGGACCUGGAGUUACAGACUGGCAAAAACAUGCAUUAUUUCAAGUACUUAUAGUUGUAGCUGCUUUUAAAUUUUGUUUCUGUUGCUGUAGAUACCUGUAUUACAGCUGAAUACCACACCAACGUCUGUCCCACAACAAUUUCAAUUUGUGAUUGAUCCCAAACAACUUCCAGUAGUUUCAGCAGGUGCCACAAGCUGUACAGUCGGCAAUACAGCAGCAUUCCCAAAGACUGAACGCCAUCGUGCACACAAUGCGAUUGAACAGAAAUAUAGAAAAAGUAUCAAUAACAAGAUUACGGAACUGAAAGAUCUUCUGUUUGGUUCAGAAGCUAAGGUAGGUGGUUUCUAAACUGCAUGCACCAUACUUAAUUUUAUGCAGUGAUAAACUAAAUAUAUACACAUAUAUAUAUUUAAAACUAUAUUUAUUAUGGCAAACAAAGGAACUGUGAAAUAUUUUAUUCAGUUCUGGUAAAUAUUAUAAGUACAACUUCAUUUGAUAUUUUGAUAUUGUACCACUAGUGCAUGCAUGAUUGGGAAUAAUUUGUUGCAUGGGCGUACCGGAAGGAAAAAAUUAGGGGGGGGGGCGGAAAGAAAAUUGCCCGACUUUUCGUGAUUGUGCCCGACUAGUACCGAAAAAUUUUUUCCGGAAAAAUUAUUUUGGCGACCUCCCCCCCCAAAAAAAAAUCGCCAAAAAAUUUUCCGAUCAGUGUACCAUUUUAGGGGUCAAAAAAUUUUUCCGGACAUACCAAAAUGUUUCGUCACAUUACACAAAUUUUCCAAAAACCACUACAUUGGCCACAAAAUUGACUAAAUUUUCGACAAAAUUGACAGAAUUUGUCCCAUUUAUUUUUAUAACAAACCAAAAUUGCCCGACUGUAACUCGAAUAUUGCCCGACUGCCAAAAAAACUGGGGGGCUACCGCCCCCCCCCCCUCGCCCGGUACGCCUAUGAUUUGUUGACAAGGUGGUGCAUGUGGAGAGGAUAUAUGGGUCAGGGUGUACCACUGGAAGCCGUGUAUACCUUUUCUAUUAUGAAAGUUGACAUUAUGAAAGAAGGUUAUAUAAUAAUAAUGUAGGCAGAAGGCCAUAUAUAAUGUGGGAAGAUUGGAUAAAGCAUACAUUACAUACAUUACAUACAUAACAUUAUUUAGUUCACUCUCCAUCGAGGUUUUUUUUUAAGUAUUGCGUUAUAUAGCCUAAGUAUCUAAGACUAUUUAUCUUUACAACAGUUGAGAUAUUACUUUUCUAACUAUGUUUAUCCUAACCCAUCCUAUAUCAACUUUCCCUGUGGGAGGAAACCGGAGCACCCGGAGAAAAUGUUGACAGACUGUGAGCCCAUGUAACUAUAUAUAGUGAGAAUCGAACCCAGGAUCUCAGAGGUGAAAGGCGCUUGCUCUGACGUCAUCUCGUGCGUACACACGUUACAGUGCUUCCACAACCGCUCGUUCAAAAAUCCAUUCACAAUCUCCAAAAUUCCUUUUUUCCCACAAAAUUUCCUUGCCACCCAAACGGUGGAAAAAAUCAAGAAAGUUCAGGCAAAUUUGAGGCAAAUGUAUCACAUUAUAUAGAUCCUACGAGAAAUCGAGUAUGGUCUAUGGCAUAGGCAUAAGGUCAUUACAAUGCCUGAAAAUUUGGGCAAGCUUUCAUCAAGAGUUCCCUUCAUGAAAUAUGUUUAUAUUCAUGCAGGGGAGUAGGGUGUUUGAUAAUUGUGGAGGGGUCAAAUGGCAGAAGGCGCUGAACGACAAAUUUUGAAAUUUAUAGUCUCUAGAUCGCCGGGAAUGGCAUUCUCAGAUUCUUCUGUACCUCUUUUGUUAGGCCUAUUCUAAUUAUAAGUUUAUUUUUACUGGUUUAAGUGGUUUUAGAAGUCCUUGCAAUUUCCUUCAAUUUUAGUAUUUUUCCUUGCCGUUUCCUUGUAAAACUCAUUCCCUGCAAGGACCAAUAUUUCCUUGCUGCAGGGAAAAAUCCUUGCAAGUGGAAGCACUGUUACGUUACUACCUACACUGCUACUCCCGCCUAAUUCAAUCUUCGAUUUAUCAUUUUGUUUCUACCAACAUUUAAAAUUUCGUUAUUUAGAUUCAAAAAUCUGGAGUGUUGAAAAAAGCCAUUGACCAUAUUCGACAACUACGGAAUCUUAAUAAUCGUCUCCGACAAGAAAAUGCCUCAUUCAAAAUAAAGCUGCAACAAAUAGGUUAGUGAAAUAAU